AUGUCGACCUCUUCCACCUCGUCCUACAGCAGUGGCACCUCGUCCAUCGGCAUCUCUGCACAGCCACUCUCGCUGCCAAAAGUCAUGCUCAGGAGACUCGCUCGUGCCGCAUCACAGAACCCGAUCGAGGUGAUCGUCACGAUCUUCAUCAUCGUCACUCUCGCCUACUUUCAGCUGCUACAUGCCGUCACGCACUCCAACUUCUUCGAGCCCAUCUCCAUCGAGGCCACCAGCUUGGCCUCCAGCUCCUCGUCUGGUCUCUUCAAGUGGGUCAGCACUGGCAACAGGAAAGUGGACGCUGCGCACAUCGCCCCCUCCACCGCUACUCUUGCUUCCGAUGCAGACACUGUGUACGUCCGAAAGGCCGGCGCCGCUAAUCUCUGGCAACCUCUCAGCCAAUUGGCUGCCCACAAAGGUGUCGAAGACACAGCGUCGUUGAUCGACUCGUCUGCUCAGACUUUCUUCGUCGAGCCCGUCCUCCUGACCAGCGCGAGGGAAUCCUACAUGGCCUCUCAGAUUCAAGACUCCAUCUUGCCCGCGCUCUCCAAUGACCUCGUCCGCAACAUCAUCGGCCCAGAUGCAAGCGCCACUCUAAUCAAAGACGCCAGCUCGCAGCACUCGGCUUUCGUCUUUGGCAAGUCGUUCGCCGACUCAUCGGACAACAAUGCAGCGAGCGACGCUGUGCCUCGUAACCAGUUUCUGAGCAACAUCGUCGAUCCUUCGCUUCUGUCAAAGUCGCUCUCCUGGGCGACCAGCAUCGUCCCGAAACCCGCUGCCGUUGCCAAGGCUCCGGCUGCCGAGCUCCAGGAGCUGUACGACGGUCUCCGUGUCGUACCUCUCGUCCCCGACGGCGAAUUCAACCCGUAUGCCCCCAACAACCUCAAAGCGAAGCGCGGCGCCAUCAACAGUAACGAGGAGAUCCAGCGCAUUCGAUGGAUGGCCUAUGCUGUCAAAGCUCUCGUCAUCCGAUUCUGGGCCCUGCUGAAGAAGGCCGACUCUGCCGACAUUUUCGUCAUGCUUUCGGCCUACAUCCUCAUGCACGGCACAUUUGUCAACCUCUUCCUCUCGAUGCGCAAAUUUGGCUCCAACUUUUGGCUCGGCGCCUCAGUCCUCAUGUCGUCUACCUUUGCUUUUCUACUGGCCAUCACCUUUGCCUCGCUGCUUGGCGUCACCGUCGAUCCCAUCUGUCUUUCCGAAGCGCUACCCUUCCUCGUCAUUCUGGUCGGUUUCGAAAAGCCCUACCUGCUAACCCGCGCCAUCUUCACGCAUCCCGAGAUCACCCCUUCCGCCAGCUCGCUCUCCAAUCGCGAGCGCUCCGAGCUCAUCCUUAGCAACCUCGACCAAGCUGCCAAGCCCGAGAUCGGGACGCUAGGUAAGACACCCACCGGCGCUACCAACGGUGCUGCCGCCGUGUCGCGCGAGGAGUCCUUCGUUCGCGCCCUCACCGAGCGUCUGAAGAGCGAGAACAGCUUGCGUUGGGCUGAGCCCACCCCGAUGCCCGCCCACGAGAUCGUCGUUUCGGCCGUCAACCGCGUUGGGGUGCCAAUCAUCCGCGACUACCUUAUCGAGAUCGCCGUGAUGGCUGUCGGAGCGACCAGCGGCGUCAGUGGCCUCCGCGAAUUCUGCCAGCUCGCCGCUCUCAUCCUUCUCUUCGACUGCAUCUUCCUGUUUGCUUUUUACGUUUCCAUCCUUACCGUCAUGGUCGAGGUGCACCGCAUCAAGGUCAAGCGUGGCGUCCGCAAACCCAAGGUCAGCGCCGAUCUCAGUCUCGAUUCCGACUCGCCUCCCGCCAGCCCCGCUUCGGACGGCUCGACGUCACGAGACUCGAGCCCUACGCCUUCCAGCCGCCCUCUUUGGAAGAAGGUGGUUCACGCCAUCCUCGGCUCCGCGCCAUCCGAGAAGCGUCGCAAGUCGGAGAACCCACUUGGUCGCCUCAAACUGCUUCUCAUCACUUCCUUCCUCGUCCUGCACUCGUUCAACCUGAUCUCGACUCUCACCAGACAAUCGGCCAUCACUCGUCACCACGCCACCUACGAGCCCUCGCCCUACCAGAUCGUCGCUGAGCAAUCGACCAUCUUUGGACCGGCCGCCUCGUCGGCCAUCGCUCCUCUUCUCGAUCAGCUGUCGCAUUCGCAGCCUGGUGACAUCGACCUUGUUGCACGCAUCUCGGAGCCGGUCAUCCUAGUCCUGCUCGAGGCCAACGAAGCCGUCUCCUCCACCCGCAGCACCCUCGCCAAUGCGGCUCUCAACGCCUCUGGCGUCUACGCCCAGGCCACCUCUGCAGGUGUACGUCCCGUGCCCGUUGGCCGUGGAAGCUCGUCGCUUGCCGUUCUCGACAGUCUUAUGAGUGGCUGGACAGUGAUUGUUGGCGAUCCCGUCAUUAGCAAGUGGAUGUCGCUCGCUCUCGGUAUCAGCAUCUUCCUCAACGCUUACCUGCUCAAAGGUAUCGCAACUGGAAACGCAGCUCUCGGCGAAGGCAAUGCCGCUGGCGCUGCCGCAUACGCUGCUGCCCGCUUCAUCGGCGCUCAUCUCGAUAGCGAGGCAAAGGCCAUUGAGGAACACAGCGAACGCACCCGCAGAAGAUGGAGCACACGUCAAGAGAACGGCCGACCUGGAGUUCAAAUCCGCGGACACAGCGCCGACGGCAUUUCCGAAUAUCACAACCGUCUCGCCCAAAUGUCGGCUGCGAAGGCUUCGGCACCUCUCUCCAAGUUGAUCAGCGACAACGACAAGCUUGCUUCGAAGGACGCAUCUUCCGAGGGUGCUGGCGCCAACGCUGUUCCUGCCGAAGCCGUCAAGCCUGAUGCCGUGUCAGCGAUCAAGCGACCCGACGUUCCCGUCAGUUCAGACGGCGAUGGUGCUGUUACGACUCCUGGACAGCGUGGACAGCAGAUCCGUCUGCAAGAUGCUACGUAUGUUGGACCCGACGGCGAAGCCGUCGUCCGCCCUCUUGAGGAGCUCAUCGAUAUCUACGCAGGUGGUGCCGGCGUCUUCUUCCUCACCGACGAAGAGGUCAUCACGCUCAGUCAGAAGGGCAAGAUCGCUGCUUACGCUCUCGAAAAGGUUCUUCAGGACAAUGAAAGGGCCGUACGUGUCCGACGUGCCCUCGUCUCACGAGCCUCGGCUACCCAGACUCUGGAGACCUCGCUGCUGCCACACCGAGAUUACGACUAUGCCAAGGUGAUGGGAGCGUGUUGCGAGAACGUUGUUGGCUACAUGCCACUCCCUCUCGGAAUUGCCGGACCGCUCAACAUUGAUGGACAGGUGAUGCCCAUUCCCAUGGCCACGACCGAAGGUACUCUGGUUGCUUCUACUUCACGAGGAUGCAAGGCUCUCAACGCCGGCGGUGGUGUCACGACGGUGCUGACGCAGGAUGCCAUGACUCGCGGACCGGCGCUCGAGUUCCCGAGCAUCGUGCAGGCGGCCAAAGCCAAGCGAUGGAUCGACUCGCAGGAGGGUGCGCAGGAGAUCAAGGCAGCCUUCGACUCGACCUCGCGCUUCGCCCGACUCUCUGCGCUGCGCUGCGUGCUGGCUGGCCGAACGCUUUACGUCCGCUUUGCCACCUCGACUGGUGAUGCCAUGGGUAUGAACAUGAUCUCGAAGGGUGUCGAAAAGGCGCUGGGUAUGAUGACGGAACUGCACUUCCCCGACAUGAAGGUGCUCUCGCUUUCUGGAAAUUAUUGUACCGACAAGAAGCCCGCUGCGAUCAACUGGAUCGAGGGUCGGGGCAAGAGUGUCGUCGCCGAAGCGGUGGUACCAGGCAACGUGGUUCGUUCGGUGCUCAAGUGCACCGUGCGUGAUCUGGUCAACCUCAACACCAAGAAGAACCUGAUCGGGUCAGCCAUGGCUGGUUCCGUGGGUGGAUUCAACGCGCACGCAGCCAACAUCCUUACGGCCAUCUACCUCGCCACGGGACAAGAUCCAGCACAGAACGUGGAAUCGUCCAACUGCAUCACGCUCAUGGAGGCUGUCAACGACGACCAGGAUCUGCUGAUCACCGUUUCGAUGCCAAGUAUCGAGGUUGGCACGGUGGGUGGUGGAACUGUGCUUCCACCGCAGCGAUCGAUGCUCGAGAUGAUGGGGAUCGCAGGUGCUCACUCGACCACGCCCGGUGCCAACGCGCAGAGACUGGCGCGCAUCAUUGCUGCCUCGGUGAUGGCAGGUGAGCUGUCGCUCAUGGGUGCGUUGUGCGCAGGACAUCUGAUCCAGGCGCACAUGAAGCACAACCGAUCCGUGCCAUCGACGCCGGGCACGAUGACGCCGUUGCCGAGACCCGAGACUCCCAAGCACUUUGCGGCAUCCAUGACGCCUCUGGUCGCACCGCCUGUGGGACAGUCGAAUCGUGGGUCACCUACAGGCACAAGAACCAUGUCGAUGACCAACCUCUCGAUCCCAGCGUCGGAUAGUACUGGUCGAGCAUCAUCACUCACAUAG